CAUCCCCAGAGUAUAGAGAGAUGUCGAGCAAGGCGCAAACAAGCCAGACAGGCACUGCUGGAAAAUAACCUCCGCUCAGAUCACGGAAUCCAAGCGUUCGUAUGAAGUGCGUUCAACAUCAGUGACGGCAAUUAGCUGUCUCUACUAAUGUAUGCUACUGUUGCGGUCUGCGAGCAAGGUAUCGGGAGGACGACCCGAUAGGACCAGAUGGAGUUGGUGAAAUGAAAGACUACUAACAAAUGGACCAUCGGUCGGAAUAUAUGACGUGUAGGUCAAUCCUCACAUGUAUCGAGGAGGAGGAGGAGGAGGAAGAGGAGGGUGAUGAUGAUGAUGAAGCCCGUGACAUGGAAGAGGAUGAUGGGGACAGAGAGGAGACCCAAAAAGGAGGUGGAAAGGAGACAGUGGACCAAAUGGGGGAAGAAGACGAAGAAGACGAAGAGGAAAGUGGCAGAGUGGAAGGAGGGGGAGAAGAAGAUGAGGAAGACUCUGACUCUCCCUGUCUGACGCCAAGACCCUGGCGACUGCCUCGUGACUUCGACGUCGUCUUCCAAGAGACGCGCUAUGUGGACAAUGUCCAGAGUGAGUCUGGGUCAGAAGACAGCUCCCUCUGUACAGCCGAACCACAGCCCACCGCCUCUCCCCCCGAACCCUCUCCAUCAUCAGAACACACCCCUUCUUCAGAAAGUACCUCUCCACCCGAACACGGUCCUUCAUCAGAACACACCUCUCCACCCGAUCAGACCUCUUCAUCACAACAAACCCCUCCAUCAGGACACACCCCUUCUUCAGAAAGUACCUCUCCACCCGAACACGGUCCUUCAUCGGAACACGCCUCUCCACCCGAUCAGACCUCUUCAUCCCAACACAGCCCUCCAUUAGGCCACAGCUCUCCACCCGAACACACCUCUCCAUCGGGAUACACCAGUCCUUCAGAACACACCCCGCCUCCACCCACACACUCCUCUCCAUCCGAACACACCCCAUCAUCAGAAUACACCUCUGCAUCAGACCACCCCCCUUCAUCAGAACACACCCCCCCACCAGGACACAGCCUUUGGCCUCAACCGGGCAGACAGUGGAGCCAUGGACUCCCAAACAUGAAGGUCUACUCCUGGGCAGAGAGAGCGUGGCGCCGGUCAAGAGCAGAGCAGCCAAAGAAAGGCACGAAGAGGAGGCGUUCAUCUGAUGAGGAUUUUCCUGGCUGGUUGCUGGAGCUCAUGUUUAGCAUUGAGGAGUCGACAAAACAUGUACUGUUCGUUGAAUAUGAACAUGCAAAGGCAUAACGGGUCGUUGCUUGUUUUCUGAACUUCUUUCAAUGGUGUGAUGAUGUUGUUUAUCGUGGGGCAUUUUCACUGGGAUGGUAGAGUUUUACUUUAAGCUCAAUUUAUUUUUGAUAUCUAACUUUAUUUUGGCUGAAGUCCCACAGACAAUCAAGUAUUUUUUCUUGAAGAAAACAACAAAAAAUGAAAGAAGCUAUGAUUUCUAAAUAAAAGUCCUACAAAUAAAUGUGUUGCACAUC